CUUUACCCAAAGGGAAUGCUACAGGUUUCUCUGGAAACUUUCCUAGUUUCAGCCUUCUGAUGAAACCUUUCUUUCCAGAUUUCACAAAACCUCACAAAGAUGUGCGACCAACAGGAGCAGCAACGUUUCCCUCCCACCUGUGUGAAAGGUUUGAGAUUGGGGUCAGCGCAAAGCACAAAAUGCACGUCCGUGAAAUGUUCAGUUCCAUGCGAGACUAAAACUGUUAGUGUGGUGUGUCCUGAUCCGUGCCAGACUCAGACCUACGUGAAAUGCCCUGCUCCAUGCAAGACAACGUGUGUGAAAUGCCCACCUCCAUGCCAGACUCAAACCUAUGUGAAAUGUCCAGUUCCGUGUCAGACAACGUAUGUGAAAUGUCCAACUCCAUGCCAGACUCAAAGCUAUGUGAAAUGCCCACCUCCAUGCCAGACAACGUAUGUGAAAUGCCCACCUCCAUGCCAGACAACGUAUGUGAAAUGCCCAGUUCCCUGCCAGACGACCUGUGUGAAAUGCCCAGUUCCGUGCCAGACGACCUGUGUGAAAUGCCCAGUUCCGUGCCAGACGACCUGUGUGAAAUGCCCAGUUCCCUGCCAGACGAUCUGUGUGAAAUGUCCAACUCCCUGCCAGACCCAGACAUAUUAUGUCCAGUGCCCUUCUCCUUGCCAGACCUACUACGUGCAGGCUCCUGCAAGCAGCAGAGUGCAGAGCUCAGGAUCCCAGGGCUAUAACCCUGACCCAUGCUGUGAUUGUGGGUGCUGCUGUUUGGGAAUUAUCCCCAUGAGUUCCCGAGGACCUGCAUGCUGUGACCUUGAGGACGAUGACUGCUGCUGUUAA